GGAGCGAAUGCGAGAAAACUGACGACGACGACCAACCAGCAGCACUUGAAGAGAGCGAAGAAAAGUGUCCGUCUACAUCGUCGCAAGAGGAGUUUUUCCUGGGGUGCAAAGUAUUUCCGCAAAGUUUCGUGUUUAUCUAGCGUUCCAGCGACAGUAUUUCACUUCCGGCUGGACCCAGCAGCUGUAGGUUACGGUUUUCGCUAGAUAUUACACGCAUCCCUGCACCAUCCCGUAUCUUCAUCUGCAGCCUGUUUUUAUAAAGAAGUUAGCAAACAUGUUUAUCUGGGACUGGUUCACCGGUGUACUCGGAUAUUUGGGCCUCUGGAAAAAAUCAGGCAAGCUACUGUUCCUUGGCUUAGAUAAUGCCGGAAAGACGACACUACUGCACAUGCUCAAGGACGACAGACUGGCACAACACGUGCCAACGUUACAUCCCACAUCUGAGGAACUGUCCAUCGGCAACAUGCGAUUCACUACAUUCGAUUUGGGUGGACAUACGCAAGCCCGUCGAGUUUGGAAGGACUACUUCCCAGCAGUGGAUGCGAUCGUUUUUCUGAUUGAUGCAUGGGACCGCAGUCGUUUCACCGAGAGCAAGAACGAGUUGGACUCACUACUGACCGACGAGGCUCUCUCCAACUGUCCCGUUCUGAUUCUGGGCAAUAAGAUCGAUAAACCAGGUGCUGCUAGCGAAGACGAGCUGAGGAAUCACUUUGCCCUGUACCAGCUGACUACUGGAAAGGGUAAGGUAGCACGUAACGAGCUGCCUGGACGUCCUCUUGAGUUGUUUAUGUGUUCCGUGCUAAAACGACAGGGUUACGGAGAGGGUUUUCGUUGGCUCGCUCAGUACAUUGACUAAUAAUGAAUUGCGAGAAACGUUUGUGCUAGGCUGAGAUGAAAGUGAUAGAACAAAAGCAGCAGCAGCAUCAGCAAAUAGCGGUAUGGUGCAGUAACAACAGCAGCAUAUGCUGCACCCACAGAGUUUACGACGAACGAGGGAGAGUUUUCGGGCGACGGGGUUAGGAAGUAUUUAGGGAUGCGUGAUAUUUAAUAAAGAAAAAAAAAACAUAGUUAAAACCAAUUGAGCAACAUGCUGAAUCGCAGUGACUACUCAACAUCAACCACAUACCUUCAAAUCAGCGCCAUGUCGAUUAUAGCAUUCUCGGACGUUGUAAUUGAUUUAAAAUGAUGGACGACAGUUUACAUUUAGCAAACCCUAUCAAUAUGGAAUCCCUUCUACUGUUUACUAUUACAUUUUUUUCGUUGCACUUAUUGUUUUUGAAGUAUUCUUUUUGCGUAUAGUUCAUUACAUAGUUUUAUAAAUGUUCGCAAGCACUGAGCAUUUAGAUCACUUCCAGAAGCUAGACAAACCCUUCUUACAAAAAAGACAGAAAAACUCGCAACCGGUCAGAUGAGCGUGUGCGUUAGUGAAAUCUACAGAAACUUUAAAUAGUGAUCCCUCUUGAAAAAAUAACAAACAGGCAGACCAUGCAAACAUCUACCAAUCUAUAAAAAAAUAAAACUCCAGAAUUUUUAGAUAUAAAACAACUGUAGCAGUAAA